AGGAGCCUCGUUCUGAGUAAUAUUUUAUGAAUGAGCAAUCCACGCGCGUUUGGCAUUGAAUUCCAUUCAUGUAUGUUGUGAACGACAACUAAUCACAAGUUGACUAAAUUCUAACAGCUAUGGAAGUUUCUCAGGAAGAUACGGCUUUUCUAGCUACUUUGUAUGCAGCAUGCGAUCUGUUUCUAAUGGAUGAUUGUUAUCCUCUCAGAAAAAAUAGCUUGUCUGGCAACAGGGAUAAUAAUAUGGCGACCUCGUUGCUGGCGACGUUAGCGAGGAAAGGUGAAUCGGCGGCAACAUCUAACAAACAAAGCAAAGCUCAAGCACGAGGUUCAAGCGAAAGAGAUGUGUUAUUUAAUUUUAGGGACAACCAAUUCCGUCAACAUUUUCGAAUGGAUCCGGAAACAUUCGAAAUACUAUGUUCAAACCUAUCGCCGCAUAUCCUGAGAGAGAAUCAAACCCGAGGCAGGAAACCAGUUCCGUUGGACAGGAAGGUGCUGAUGUGUUUGCGGUUUCUUGGUGCCAAAGGUGAAUCAGUACGUAACAUUGCAAAACAAUUUCAAGUCUGUGAAUCUUCUGCAUCAGUUAUUCUUGACAGCAUAAUCAAAGGAUUAAACAAACUGAAAACAGUUGUUAUCAAAUGGCCAAACCAAACCGAGGUUGAAGACAUUGUUCAAGGUUUCUACAACAUCAGUGCAUUUCCAAAUGUUCUUGGUAUCAUGGCUACUACACACAUAUCAAUUCUCAGCCCAAAAGACCACCCUGAAGUAUACAUCAACCGUAAAAAGACUCAUACAAUGGUAUUACAGACAAUCUGUGAUCACAACAUGAAGUUUACUGAUUGUUAUACUGGCUGGCCUGGUUCUGUCCAUGAUUCUGUUGUUUUGUGUGAAUCAGAUAUAUUCCAUGAAAUAGAAAAUAAUCCAACAAAUUUCUUUAUUAAAGAAGACAUACACUUGCUUGGGGCUGCAGCAUAUCCACUGAAAAAAUGGUUGUUGACCCCUUUCUUAGAUGAAACUUGCCUCGUUCCAGAUCAGCAAGAGUACAAUAAAAGAUUAACUGAAACUCGACUGGUUACACAACAAGCUUUUAAUCUGCUUCGAGGUCGAUGGUGUCGACUACAAUUUGUUGGAAUGACCCGCACUGCACUCAUUCCAAAUGUGAUAAUGGCUUGCUGUGUCUUACAUAAUUUCUGUCUUAACACUGAAGAAGAGUUUAAUGACUUUUUAGAAGAAGACCAACUUCCUUUCGAUGAUGGUUUUCCCACUCCUGCCAAUACCUAUGAAGAUGAUGAAGUCGGUAAGAUUAAAAGAGACAAUGUACCAACUAAACUGAUUUUCAAGAACUUUACAACAGUAUUAUAACUUCCUAUUUAUUUUUCCAUAUUACAUCAUAGGAGUGAUUUCCAGGAGUGAAAUCUGCAAUGAGAAGUAUACUCCAACUCAUCUUUGUCAUUCUGUACAUUGGAAAUGGAGUAUAUUUUAAACAAUGUACUCACAAAUUUGUUUUUAAUUUGUAAAGCUGAACUCUUACACAUAAGUUAUGGUGCUUUAAGUUAAAAUAUAUAUUUUUUACUUUUGCUUUGAAAUCGUUGUCCUGAUCCAGGUGCUUUAUGGUGAACUACGGCUGAAGGUUGUCAGCUACCAUUUGCAAAAAUAGCAAGCAUACACUUAUACAUACAGACAACUGAAAUCAAACAUUUCAACUAAAUAAAAUGAUUCCUAGCAA